CUUCCGUUCGCCAUGUCAUUUCCUGUGCUAAUAAGAUGGUGGUCACGGCCGGGAGGGAGGGAGCCGCCGCAGCUGCCGCCUCCUCCUUCUCGUCCACCCAGCCCGGCCCGGCCCCGGGACUUGUCCUCGCCUGGGACUAGUGAGCCAGGCUGGGCUGGCCGGGCCGGCGCCCAAGAGCGAGGUGGGCGACAGCGGCGGCGACGCGUGUCACCGCGGGGAAAGCUGGGCUGCCCCCAGACGAGGAGCCAGGGCCCCGCAGCGCCGAGCUGUUUUGGUUUCCCUUAUAGAACAUGAGUGAAAAACUGAAUGACUGCUUGAUCCAAAACCAAGCUUCCAUGGGGGAGAUGGUUACUAUCAAGACAGAGCCCUGCUCACCAUGCCAGGAAGAAGAAUAUGGACAGCUUUGCUCAGGAAAGGUUGAUUCCCAGUCUUUGGACAUGGAGCCUAAGAAAAUGAAAGGAAAGCAGGAUUUGAUGAUGUCUAAGAGCUUUCAGCAAGUGGAUUUCUGGUUCUGUGAAUCCUGCCAGGAGUACUUUGUAGAUGAAUGUCCAAACCAUGGUCCACCCGUGUUUGUGUCAGAUGCUCCAGUACCCAUUGGCAUCCCUGACCGAGCUGCAAUGACUGUCCCUCCCGGCAUGGAGGUGGUGAAAGAGCCAAAUGGGGAGCGGGAUGUGCGCUGUGUGAAUGAGGUUAUUCCCAAAGGUCGUAUCUUUGGCCCAUAUGAAGGAAAACUCUCCAGUCAGGACAAGUCAGCAGGAUUCUUCUCUUGGCUGAUUGUGGAUAAGAACAACCGCUAUAAAUCCAUAGAUGGGACAGAUGAAACUACAUCAAACUGGAUGAGAUAUGUGGCCAUAUCUCGAGAGGAGAGAGAACAGAAUCUGAUGGCAUUCCAGCACAGUGAGAGGAUUUACUUCCGAACCUGCCGGGACAUCCGGCCAGGAGAGAGGCUUAGAGUCUGGUACAGUGAGGAUUACAUGAAGAGAUUGCACAGCAUGUCUCAGGAGACCAUCAACAGAAACCUCACGAGAGGAGAUAAAAAAUUAUUAAGGGAAAGAUCAGACAGGAAUAUUGAAAAUCAAGAGGAUGUGAGCUAUCCUCUUGAGCUCACCGUGUCAAAGCAAGGGAAGAGCUCUUACAAACGGAGCUUUGAAGAAGGAGCACCUCCUCCCCAAACAAAGAAAAAGAAAAUAGAUCUUAUCUUCAAAGAUGUCCUAGAGGCUUCCCUGGAAUCAACAAAGCCAGAAGAGCACAAGUUUACAAAAAAUUCUACUCCUUCCACUAGGAAGUCCUCCAGAUUCCAAACUCAAGAUGUCUCAGAAAGUAGUGGACUUGGUAUUCAACACAGCUCUCUAAAUCUCAGAAGCAAAAAUGAGGGUGAGUGGAAGGUUCCCCAGGGCUCCUCUUUCACCAUGUCCAAAGAAGCUGGACUGCUAGAUGAUGAAGGUGAAGAACCUUUGUCUUUUAAAGUGAACAGCCCUACUGAUCUGUCUCUGACACCAGCUCAAGAAGAUGCCCUUGAUAUCCCAACAACUUCAUUGUGUCCUAAUUGUAUACGAUUGAAGAAGAAAAUUCGUGAGUUGCAGGCUGAACUAAAUAUGCUAAGAUCUGGCAAGUUAGCUGAGCCACCUCUACUACCUCCUCAGGUACCUGAGUACCAAGCAUUUUCAUACCCCACAGCUUCAGAAAGCAUCAUGUCUGUUCCCACGAUCAUGGAAGAUGAUGACCAGGAGGUAGAUUCUGCAGAUGAAUCAGUCUCAAAUGACAUGAUAACAGCUACAGAUGAGCCCUCCAAGAUGUCUGCUGUCACUAGGAGGAUUCGCCGCUUCAAGCAAGAAUGGCUAAAGAAGUUUUGGUUUCUGCGGUACUCCCCUACACUGAAUGAAAUGUGGUGCCAUGUCUGCCGGCAGUAUACAGUGCAAUCUUCUCGGACUUCAGCCUUCAUCAUUGGCUCUAAGCAAUUUAAGAUACAUACUAUAAAACUUCACAGCCAGAGCAACCUCCACAAAAAGUGCCUGCAGCUCUACAGGCUCAGGAUGCACCCAGAGAAGACGGAAGAGAUGUGCCGAAAUAUGACUUUGCUCUUCAACACUGCCUACCAUUUAGCUAUGGAAGGCCGGCCCUAUUGUGAUUUUAGACCUCUUGCAGAACUACUGAGGAAAUGUGAACUCAAAGUAGUGGAUCAGUACAUGAAUGAGGGAGACUGUCAAAUUUUAAUUCACCACAUUGCUCGAGCUCUUAGGGAAGAUCUAGUUGAGCGGAUCAGGCAGUCUCCCUUUCUCAGUAUCAUUUUGGAUGGGCAGAGUGAUGACUUACUGGCUGACACAGUUGCUGUUUAUGUACAAUAUAUCAGCAGUGAUGGCCCUCCAGCCACUGAAUUUCUCUCUCUCCAAGAGCUAGGCUUUUCUACAGCAGAUAGUUACAUCCAGGCUUUGGACAGGGCUUUUUCCUCCUUGGGAAUACGGCUGCAGGAUGAGAAGCCAUCUGUGGGUCUGGGGGUGGAUGGUGCUAACAUUACUGCCAGCCUUAGAGCCAACAUGUACAUGACAAUCAGAAAGACUCUGCCUUGGUUGCUCUGUCUACCCCUUAUGGUACACAAGCCACACUUGGAAAUAUUGGAUGCAAUCAGUGGGAAAGAGCUUCCUUGCCUGGAAGAACUCGAGAACAACUUGAAACAGUUACUCAGCUUUUAUCGCUAUUCUCCCAGGUUGAUGUGUGAGCUGAGGGUCACUGCUGCUACCCUUUGUGAAGAGACUGAGUUCCUGGGAGACAUUCGAGCAGUCAAGUGGAUCAUUGGGGAGCAAAAUGUCCUCAAUGCUCUGAUUAAGGAUUACCUGGAAGUGGUGGCCCAUCUCAAAGAUGUCAGUGGCCAGACACAAAGGGCAGAUGCAUCUGCCAUUGCCUUGGCUCUCCUGCAGUUUCUUAUGGACUACCAGUCAAUUAAGCUGAUAUAUUUUUUGCUGGAUGUAAUUGCUGUGCUUUCGCGCCUUGCCUUUGUCUUCCAAGGUGAAUACCUCCUUGUCUCUCAAGUGGAUGACAAAAUAGAGGAGGCCAUCCAAGAGAUUAGCAGGCUGGCAGAUUCUCCUGGUGAAUAUCUACAGGAAUUUGAGGAAAACUUCCGUGAAAGCUUUAAUGGCGUUGCUGUGAAAAACCUACGGGUGGCUGAAGCCAAAUUCCAGUCAAUUCGAGAAAAAAUAUGCCAGAAGACGCAGGUGAUUCUAGCACAAAGGUUCGAGCCCCGCAGCCGGGCAUUUGUGAAAGCAUGCCAGGUAUUUGACCUUGCAGCUUGGCCAAGGAGUGCAGAGGAACUCAUGAGCUAUGGCAGGGAGGACAUGGUGCAAAUAUUUGAACAUCUGGAAUCAGUGCCAACCUUUUCCACAGAAGUCAGCAGAGAAGGUAUGGACACCAGAGGGAGUUUGCUCAUGGAAUGGAGAGAACUCAAGGUGGAUUAUUAUACCAAAAAUGGUUUUAAAGAUUUAAUCAGUCACAUUUGUAAAUAUAGGCAGAGAUUUCCACUUUUGAAUAAAAUAAUCCAGAUCCUCAAAGUCCUCCCCACCUCCACAGCUUGUUGUGAAAAGGGUCGCAGUGCCCUUCAGAGAGUACGCAAAAAUAAUCGUUCUCGGCUCACUCUGGAGCAGCUCAGUGAUCUUCUGACCAUUGCUGUUAAUGGACCACCUAUUGCCAACUUUGAGGCCAAGAGGGCACUAGAUAGUUGGUUUGAGGAGAAAUCUAGCAAUAGUUAUGCACUGUCUGCAGAAAUGUUGAGCAGGAUGUCCUCCCUGGAUCAGAAACCAGUGCUGCAGAGCAUGGACCAUGGAUCAGAAUUUUACCCUGAUAUUUAGCAAGGAAUGCCUCUUGUUUAGAAAGCUGUUGAAUCUUUUUUUAAUUGAUACUCUAAGCUUUGAUAUAUUAUAUGGAAAAUAUAUAUUAUAUAUAAAUAUAUGUAUGUAUGUAAACCCCACACUGAAAUUUUAAACUUAUCCGAUGGAAGCUAUGAGAAAUUUUUAUGAGACAAACACUUAACAUUUACUGACAUCUUCAACUGUGGCAGCUGCAGUAUAGGUGGCAACAUUUCAUUCUUUAGAAACAUGCUGGGGCCAUAGUCUACAUUUUUUCAAUUCAAAUCAAGUCAUAAGCUAGAUGUGGCAGGCCGAUGUCAUCGUACUUCUCACUAUACUUUUGCGUGUGUGUAUUUUAUUUCUACCAUUUCCCCUUUGUUAGUAUGCUAAUGAGCCAUUAAGCCGUUUACUAAUGAUUGACUGGGCCCUUUGGGAAUUUCUGGGGAGUUCUUGCCUAAUUUCAUCGAAGUUAGAGUAGAUUCCUACAUCUCUUUUAAGAAUCCAGUUAACUAUUUUUUUCUGACCCUUUCUUGGUCUUGUACACCCAUGGGCAUUUUGAGUGCAAAGAAAAUCAUUCUGCCACUCCUGUGAAAAUUCUACUAACAAUUCAUAUAUCUUACUAUAUGGUAUAGCAUGUGCAAACAAAAAUAGCAGAAAGUGGGCUUUUUGUGGUUGUUUUUGCAUUUAUAUUUUUAUAUAUCUGUAGGGAAUAAGCAAAAAAAAAUUACAACUCUUGACUGAAAACCCAGGCUGCUGUGGAAGCUAAAUGGCCAAUGAGUCAUGUCCCAUGGUAGGGUAGAGACUCCAGGGCUUAAAAUAUGUGUAUGCUAAUUUUGUGUUAUUUAUACUCAGUCUUUAUAAUCAUAAAUGGUUGUGUCUUCUGUUUCUAUGGGUUUUUAAUAAGUGUAAGAAAUGCCUGCUCUAAUUCUGUGGCAGGAGAUAUCAAUGCAAGAUCCAUCUUUAGUUAUUAUCAUGGGGCUAUUGUUUUUUAGAAGCUCACAUAUCCUCCUCAAGUUCAGCAUUCUUUCAUGGGAUGAAAGAAAAAUGGAAAAUUGUAUGAAUUCCUGUGAAGAGUGUGCAGUCUGGUAGAAAUUUGGAAAUGGCAUUUGCAACUGAAACAGUAAGAUUUUAGGAGAUUCUUUUUAACCCUUGUGGUUCAGGUUAAUAAGCCAAAACAAGCCCAGAAUCUUCACUCAUGCAUGUGCUAUGUUUUCUUAAGAUGGUUUAAGACAGCACUGGUAAUAACACAUGAUCACAGGAAUAAAAGGAAACCCUGUUCCCUGUCCCCAUACAAAAACCUCUUAGAGUGGCAUGUUUCCCAGAGGGACAGAUCUCAUGCCAGUCUUCAUCGUUUUGGGAAUACAGUAUGUCAGUUACACUGAACCUUUCCUCAUUCCUUUCUCCCAGUUUUCUCCCACUCCUCCACUGUCAUGGUGCUAAGGUAUCUCUGGAACUUUUGCUGCUAGAUGAUAGCUUUUCAUUUGUAUAAAAUUUUCAAUCAGUAUAUUUUCAGUGGUAAUGUAGCAUGUUGUUGAAGCAAUUUAUCUCCAGGUAUAUCUGCACUGGGUCCCUUGUUGCAUUUAUGUUCUAUUUCAUUUUGUCCUGCAUUUUUCCAUGCACUUUCUUUGCAUAUUUUUCAUACAGCGUUAUUUUUAGAACUCUGGGUAAUUUUUUUCUGUCAAUAACUUAUCGUACAUUUUGGAAGAAAGGGUAGAGAAAAAGGUCUAUGGAUAUAUUGUCUAUGAGAUUGUGAGGGGUCUAAAACAAUCAAAGAUAAUAAGCACAUAUUCUCGCUCUACCUACAGACAAAUGAAGAAAGUAGCAGGUUGUCCAUAGCAAAUGCAAAAAGUUAAUAUUAAGACUUUUAAAAUGAAAAAAAUAUGAUGAGGUUAAGUAAGAGGAAUGCAUGGAAAAACUGAGAAGACAAAUGUCACAAAACUUUUGUCCAACUUUAUUGGAGGAAACGUAGUAUCUCUUUAAUGUGGUACUAACUUUCACACAGCAAACAAAAACAGGUAGAGGGGGCCUGGUAUGGGAAAAGAAACAGGACGGGGUACAGAUUCUACCAGUUAUCUUUCUGAAAAAGAACUGAUGCAGAUAUACCUUUUAGUCACUUCCACUGCCAAUGUUCAUGCACUGCCUUCUCACUCUUCCCCCCAACCAAAAAAGAAGCACAAAAAUAUUAUGGAAGUAUGCGGUUUGUCUUCUUUCCAACAGUUUCUCUGUCUUAUCCUCACAAGCAACAUUUUAGUUACUGAACUUUAAAAAUUCAUUUUCUCUAUAUGUAUAUUAUCCCCUGUGCAACUGAAGAGUGAUUGUUCGACAGCUUAUGUGAGUAAAGGGGAGAGAAAAGGAAUUAUAAAGAGUGAGAUGUUUUAGGCAACAUUAAAGCCAAAUAGUUUUUAAUCAUAUUUUUCACAGGAAUUAGAGUACCAUUAGUAUUAACACCGCUACAGAGUUACUGAUGUAGAAUAGUUUACAAGACAAUGUACCACAGCACUUUUUCCUAAGCGUAGCAACAACGUUGAGAUUUAAAAGGUUUUAUGUGUUUAAUGUCAACUGUAUGCCAUAGGCAAUAAGAGAAUAACACUGCAAAUAACAGUAUGUGCAACUAUCCUUUUCUUUUACCCAUUAAUGAAAGUAACUUCAGAAUAGCUGUUAUCACUCAUUAAAGC